GGACUACUUCAUCCUUCAACGACUGGGGACGAGUCAGAACCAUUUCGACCAGCAGCGCAGCAAGUGCAAGCAUCGCAAGCAGGCGGCACGUAGUGAACGAGUGAGCCAGUAACUUUCUCGAACCAGUACCAGGUUACCAGUAGCACAUCCGAACAUCGUUCAGUGUCAGUAAGCGAGCCACCAUGGUUUACGAAAGCGACUUCUACAGCACCCGCCGGGUGGGCUCGAGCUAUACUCGCCCCACGAUUUCCUCGUACACCGUGACGACGCCACUGCGAUACACCGGAGUGCCACGAUUCAACACGAUCACCACCACGACCACCACGACGUAUCGCACACCGAUGCCGUACGUAGCGCACAAGCGGCUCGUUCCAGUGACGCGGGUCGUCACGUCACCGCCGCGGAUCAUGGUAUCCCCGAUGCGGGUGCUGGGGUCGCCGAUGCGCGUGAUCAGCUCGCCGGUGCGCGUGCUCGGUUCGCCGGUACGCACCGUGCGUGCGAUCCGUUCGCCGGCCCGCGUCAUCGUAUCGCCGGCCCGGGUCGUCACAAUCCGCUCGCCCUAUCUGCGACCGUCGAUCAUCAACAAAGAAUUCGAUCGCAUUGAACGUAAAUAUCGCGCUAGUCCUGUAAGUAGUGCCCUAGAGCAGUAUUACAACUCGCCCUCAUACUUGGAAUUUGAGGACGAGAAGCGUGAUAUCCGCAACUCGACUGCACUGUUGCUGCGCCAGCUGAACGAUCCCGUUCCACGCCUGAUGGCCCCGAUUGCACAGGCAGCUCCAGAACCGAACCCUAAGAAGUGGGUGUACGAUCCGUUCUCCACGCACAACCGCCUGAACAGUGACACCUACGUCAAGAGUCACAUUACCGAUCCGAUUCGCAGCGUCCGUAACGAUAUCGAGGCCAUGGCCAGAUAUCACUCGCCAGCGUCGCGUUAUGUCGUAGGAAAAUUAAAUCCAGUUCGCCCGACGCGCAAGUUCAACAACCCGAAGCUGUACGACGAUCCGACCGAUUCGAAGCUGAAGGACAAGCAGGAGAAGAUCGAGCGCGUUGCCGAGCUGAACAAGGUGCGCUACGAACCGGUCAACCUGGAGAAGGAGCGCCUGAAGCUGUUGGAGGAGACCAAGAAGAAGGAGGAAGCUGCUGCUGAACGCGAAAAACUGCGCCAGGAGGAGCAGGCUCGCAAGGAGGAGGAAGCACGCCUGGCCGCCGAAGAAGCGGAACGUCGCCGCAUCGAGGAGGAACGUUUGGCUGAAGAGGCUCGCCUGGCCGAGGAAGCCCGGCUCGCUGAGGAAGCCCGACUGGCCGAGGAAGCCCGGCUGGCCGAGGAAGCUCGUCUGGCUGACGAAGCCAAGAAGGCUGAAGAGAAGAAGAAGAAGGCGGCCGAAAAGAAGAAGAAGGAGGAGGAGGAAAAGAAGAAGAAGGAGGCCGAAGAAAAGAAACGAAAGGAGGAGGAAGAAAAGAAGCGCAAGGAGGAGGAGGAGAAGAAGCGCAAGGAGGAGGAGGAGCGCAAGCGCAAGGAAGCGGAGGAGGCCGCCCGCAAGGCAGCGGAGGAAGAGGCCGCCCGUAAGGCGGCCGAAGAGGAAGCUGCCCGCAAGGCCGCCGAAGAGGAAGCCGCCCGCAAGGUUGCUGAGGAAGAAGCGCGCAAGGCGGCCGAGGAGGAGCAGAGCCGCAUCACCGAGGCCCAGAAGGUGCGUGAGGAUGAGCUGGCGCGGUUGAACGAGCUCGAGAAGCAGGCGAUCGAGGAAAACAACGAGGAGCUGUUGAAGGAGAUUGCCGAGCUGAAGGCGAUCGCACAGUCGGACGAAGAGCUGCUGAAGCGUCAGGCGGCCAAGCUGGAGGAGACGGGCGCGCCGGUCGAAGGUGAGGCUGCCCCAGCGGAGGAAGCGGCUCCGGCCGCUGAAGCUGCCCCCGCCGAAGCAGCCCCGGCCGAAGAGACCCCCGCUGUCGCCGACGCUGCCCCCGCCGAGGAGAGCAAGACUGAGGAAAGUCCUGCUGCCGCUGCCGCCGAGUGAACGGGACACACCCCAGUCCUGGACACUGGUAACACCUAGCCACUAAGAACUAGGGCUUACUCUCUUCCGAUUUAUUCUUAGGGUACUAGGCUAGCAUUUUAGCAGCACACACACACACACACGCGCUCACUCAUUUCGAACAAAACAAGAAAACGCUAUUUUCCUAAUGUUUUGCAAAAAAAAAAAAAAGUUUAAAGCUGCCUGGUGUAUGCAAAGAAAAAUCCAUUGGCGCUGUAGCAAAACCUAGAUACGAACGAAAACGCUAACUUUUACUUUAUCCCAACGAAACUUUCAAAAUCCCCUUUCGUCAAUCAUUCAAAAAAUCCGUUACUGGCUGCGUACUGCCGCAACCCGCUGCACGCGGCUGCGUACUUGCAUUUUCGAAGCUCAAAGCCUUAGCAAAGCACGCUACUGCCAAUUCUAGUUUCCGUUAGGUAUGACACACCCAGUUGCUUAUCGUGUAGCGUUGCGGUACGCCAGGUUGAAGGGAAAACACAGAAUAGAAGCAAAUCAACGAACAAAUGUAUCCGAUCCGAUUCGAUUGAUAUAGCGCGUACGACACCACUCAAGUCUAUAUCAGGUAGAAUUUGGAACUAAGCUCGGAUGUUGUUUACGACGCACUUGUUUCUACUACUACUACUGCCGUUACAGGAGGAACCACUUUGACGAUCGUGCCCAAUUUGCCUGGAAUCGUACGCAUUGCUUAAGUAAAGGGUUUUUUUUGCAUUUUCUUAUCCCUUUACUACGUGAGAUCUUGUUUGAUUGUCUUUGCUUUCCUUUUCAUCUUACUUUAUUUUAUUGCAUUUUGUUGUGUUAUGGCUUAAGCUUCACGCUACUGUCACAGCGUAGUGUUACACCGAGAGAAACGUGUUUCUGUUGCCGUUAGAUGCUCUGAACUGUUUCUUUUCAUGAUGUUUUGUUUUGUUUUACUCGUUUUUGUUGGUUGUUAAGUUUACCGGAAUCGAUGACGAUCGAUAAGACAAUAAAUAAAACUGUGUAAAUAAGAUUA